CGGGAAGCGUGUCCCCGCCGGGGCCGAGCUGGCUUUCCCGGGAGGCCGGGCGGAGUACCGGGCCUGCGUGCCCCGCGGGCGGCCCAGCGCCAGGGCUGGGUCCCGGGCCGCCGACGCCCGCUUCCCGCCCCCAGGGGCCGGGGGCGGCCGCUGGGUCCCGGCUCGGGCGGCUCGGCGCCUCCGACCUUGCUCCUCCAGUCGCCGGGGUGGCGGGCCGACCCGCGGGCGGCCGGGGCCGACGACCGCCAUUCCCGUGUCGCUGCGCCCGCGGGGGCCGCCCGAGCCGGCCACCAUGCCGCUGGGCCUGAAGCCCACCUGCAGCGUGUGCAAGACCACGUCGUCCUCCAUGUGGAAGAAGAGCCCGCAGGGCGACAUCCUCUGUCACCACUGCACGGGCCGGGGCGGCGGGGGCGGCGGCGCGGGCGCGGCGGCGGGCGGCGGGGUCGCCGGCGGCUUCGGCACCGCCACCUUCGCCGGCACCUCGGCCGGCCCCCCGCAGAGCAACGGGGGCGGGGGCGCCAAGCAGAGUAAGCAAGAAAUUCACAGAAGGUCUGCACGGCUCAGAAAUACCAAGUACAAAUCUGCUCCAGCUGCUGAAAAGAAAGUUUCCACUAAAGGAAAAGGGAGAAGACAUAUUUUUAAGUUAAAAAACCCUAUCAAAGCUCCUGAAUCUGUUUCUACCAUAGUCACUGCAGAAUCAAUCUUCUACAAGGGAGUGUAUUACCAAAUUGGUGAUGUUGUUUCUGUGAUUGAUGAGCAAGAUGGAAAGCCGUACUAUGCUCAGAUCAGGGGUUUUAUUCAGGACCAGUACUGUGAGAAGAGUGCAGUACUGACGUGGCUCAUUCCUACCCUCGCCAGCCCCAGAGACCAGUUUGAUCCUGCAUCGUAUAUAAUAGGGCCAGAGGAAGAUCUUCCAAGGAAGAUGGAAUACCUGGAAUUUGUCUGCCAUGCACCUUCUGAGUAUUUCAAGUCAAGGUCAUCACCAUUUCCUACAGUUCCCACAAGACCAGAGAAGGGCUACAUAUGGACUCACGUUGGACCUACUCCUGCUAUAACUAUUAAGGAAACAGUUGCCAACCACUUGUAGUUAUAAAACCAAACCUGGGGCACACUUACAUAGCAUGUAUGAAGCUUUGAUUUUAAUCCCCAGAACAUACACACAUAUUCCAAAAUAAAACGUGAGUUCCAGUUUUCUUAUAUUUAUAAUAUAAUGAAGUAAGCCACACAUUUGUCUCUUUAAGUUUUUUUCUUGAAGUUUUUGAGACAGAGUCUCACUGUGUAGCCCAGGCUGGCCUAACCUUGAAUUCCCCCUGCCUCAUCCUCAAGUGCUGGGAUUAUAGAUGUGUGACACCAUGGCUACUUAACACCAAUACUACUUCAUGAAGUUCUGUGGAAACAUGAGAAAUUUUUUAUCCUACUACCCAGUAAUUAUUAGCUUGUUCCUCAGACUCUUACCCUUUUACUACAGUCCCAAAGUUGGGAAGAAGCAUCUUCCUGCUCACAGAAGCUACAAUAAAGCUCAUUGUAAACACUGUUGGAAAUGAUUUUCUAAAUGCUAAUGAUCCAGUUUUGGAUUAAAAUAUAUUUUUACGAUGGA